GGGGCAGCACACUGCGAAGUGCCCGUACUCGCAGCACGCCCUGCAGGUUCUUCCCUCUGCUGGGCAAGUGUUCCCGCCAGGGGCGCAGUCAGACCUCCACGGUAGGGGGGGCUCGAUACAACCCCCCCUCCCACGCCGCUGAUACUGGGCAUUGUUGCGGAGACUAGCUCUACAUGGAGAUGUGAUUGCCGAACAGCCAUAUUCCUACCACAACAUGCUCCUUGACGAACUUAUCGGCAACAGUGUCGCUGCAAGGGUGGUGAGACGUCCGCUCAGUAACAUGCACACCAAGCGAGCAAGGACCAUCGAAGCUUUCGUCAUCUUCCUGGUGUGUGUCACUGCUUCAUUCGGCUCUGAUCUCCAGGCAGCGGUUCGUGAAGAAGCGUCCAAUAUGCUCGGCGAAUCUCCCUUCUUCACCUGCGAGCAACCUGAAGGUACCUCUCGUAAACCGAUCUGUUCUUGCGACCCAUCUUGCAAUCGCUACGGUGACUGUUGCAUCGACAUUGCUAAAGAUGUACCACGUGAACGUUAUGUCUGUGCGGAGCUACCAGGUCAUGGACGGUCCGUUUGGGUGAAAGCAUCGUGUACAGUAGGACGGGUUUCACGGAGGGCGAAAAAGAUGUGCGAGGAACAACCUACAGGCGAUUUCCCUAAGUCCUCGUACCAGUUCACAAUCGACAUUCCUUCCUUUCACAAGCCGUCAAGGGUCCUAUAUCGAAAUAUUCAUUGUGUUGAGUGUAACGGCGGGCGCUAUCAGGAGACUUACGGGUGGGCCGGUAACUUUGAUUGGCUCGGACUGUCGCCACGAAACGUAAGUGCCAGUAGCCAACUGGAAAAGUUUGUGUAUAACGCCAAACGACGCGUUUAUUGGAUGAAGCACGCGGGUAUUAUCUAUAAUGCUACGUUUCAAAGUGCUGUAUUUGGGUGGAAGAAUUUUACUCAGGUGUUCAACACGACGGAGUGCUCUCCCGCUUUGGAUAUAUGUCCCGAAGAAAGCGACCGUGUGCUCGCUCGGAAGUGUGCACUGUACGCUGCCUAUUAUACCCCAAACAAUACGGUACGAGUGACUUACAAGAACUACCAUUGCGCCCUCUGUAAUGGAGUGUCCCGUACAACGGUUGAGGAAGACGGCGAGCGAGCGAGAUAUAUCCACGCGUUGGUUACUCCUUCUCUUGGAAAACCCGCUUCAGACAUCUCCUCGUCCCAGCUCGACCCGCGGACACAUCAUACGGGGUGUGGUCAAGGUCAAAUAAGGCUGCCAGGACUGAACUCUUGUCGAGCUUUCGGCUGUAGACGGGGAACAGUGAAAGGCAUCGACGGUUGUCGACGUACUGACGGUACCCAUAGCUGCCCCUGGCUCCUGUUUGAAGAACAUCAGGUCACCAUCCUCCCGAAUCGCACCCUGUAUUUCAACUUCCAAUGCGAAACUGUGAGUUCCAAUGAGUACGAAAUAGACAGCUGGACGGGGCAUAUCCUCGUGUGUGUCCGAUAUAUUGUACCUGUGCUGCCUGAUCAAACAAAAUUUACACCGAAUACCUUGUCAACGGAACCAACACUUAGUCCUAACUACUGCGACCAUCGGAUCACUGCGACUCUAGUGAUAGCUUGUGUAGCGCUGACCCUCGUCAUCAUACAACUUCUCGUGCGGCGUUUCCGGGUUUUUGUUAGGGGCUAUAUCUGAAAUGUAUCCAUAUAAUGUAACGGUUGUUCCUGUACAAACACAAUCUAUAUUGAAUACCUGCUCACCGGAAGCAAGACUUAGUCCAAACUGCGACGACCCGCGGUUCAGGGUGCGUCUAGUCUAGUCAGCGUCGUUGUCAUCGUCAUCUUCGCAUUUCGUUUGGCAGAGCAGCGGAGAUGAACGGUAUUUGUUUGCUUCUGCACGUGGAACUAUCGCCCCUGCGACGACCUACUAGAUUAUAACGACCACGUCAUAAUCGGCAACCCCUGUGAGGAGCCCGUCCGCAUGAUCCGCUAGGUUCGCUACUCAUCGGCCCGCGACAUCUGCAUCAUGAUUGGACAAUGGAAAUUUGAAUUUUGAAGGCGCAGACGAGGACGUACGACUGUCUUAGCAGACGACAGCAACAGCUCCCAUGAAAAAGCGUAUAGAAUGAUGUUGAUAAUCAACUUUAGAAAGAAGCAUCUCCUGUGGGACAUCCACCGCUUGUGCAAAAAUACUAAGGUAAGCUGAAAUACAAAGUAUUGCAGAAGUUGUGUAGGCUAAUAACUGGGCCGUUGAGUAGCGCCAGACAGCGGAGACAGUGAGCUAUACCGUGGGACGUUGUUGUCUUACUGGGUCUGUACGCUAUGUGGGUUGCCCGUCGCAUUUAUGGUCGUAACGACCCUCCUGUUGGACCUUGGCGCUUCUUCAGGCGGUACGCUACCUCAUCCUGUAAGUUCAUCCUCUCAAGCACGGGAUGCGACGUACAAUCUCCUUGGUAUCGUGUUAAUUAUUAGUCCAACUGACUAUUGAAUGCGGUCAGUACAGCUGUUGGCAGCAAAUGGCAAGAAUUGUAAUGUAGUUUUAUUUCAACUGUAACAUGGGUUGAAAGCCUCUGUGUACGGCUGUCUAAGUUGUUGGUUAGGUUACGGCUCAUAUGCACGCUCGAACUUAUGA